GUCGGUGAUCUCACGUGUGAACUGGCUUUUGUUUUGAAUAAUAUACUAAUGAUCAAAUACAAUAAUUAACUUGAUGCCGCAAUACUGAAAUGUCGUCAUCACACAUGCUUGCAUACGUUACUCGGUAUGUAAAAAUAAGUGUUAAGUUACUUCGUCUCUUAACGCGUUACCUAAAUGUGUUGUGUAAGUUCUUAGCGAGUUGGCUAACAGACAUCGGAACAAGUCAUAAAGUACAGCACGUAAUUUAAAAUGCUCCUUUCUCUGUCAAAUCAGUUUAUAAGACUAAAAUGGCUAUCAGAUUACCUUUGGUUGGAGCUUUACGUUAUACCGACUCCAGAACGAGAGUCGUUAUUGCAGAGCGACUGUUCUGCUCUCUAAAGAGAGGACAAGGAUCUUCUGACACUAUAAGGAUGCUGUAUGAUGGAGAAUGCCCAAUAUGUGUUAAAGAAAUUAGGUUUCUUCAGAGAAAUAGAGCAGAUAAAGUAGAUUUUGUGGACAUCUCACUGCCAGAAUAUGAUGGGAGCAAAUAUGAAGGAGUCAGUUAUGAGAUGGCAAUGGAGGAAAUGACUGUGAUUGAUGAGAGAACAAGCAGAUUCAUCGUGGAGUUCCAGCUUUCACAGUGAUGUACUGGUGGGUUUGGCUUGGCUUGGCACGUUCAUCUCUCUCCCACUGUUCAGGCCUGUAAUGGAGCGAGCGUAUGGGGUGUUUGCAAGAAACAGACUGAAGUGAACCGGCAGAGAGGGCUGCACCACUGGACACUGUGCUAAAAAAUAGUCAUAAGGGAUAGAGAGCUUUAAAACAGACUUUCCAGACAUUCCAUGAUUCUGAUUCUGCUGCCAAUGCUCAUUCAGUCCUCAUUCAGAUCAUCUGCUUGGUCUCUGUUGUUGUUGGUGCUUCACUGAUGGCUUGGUACCUCGACAAAACCCGGGUCACUCACCUGGGGUCAAAGCGGCUCCGGUUACUGUACAAGUAUCUGCUCACAAACAUCAGAAAUGUUU